AUGGAUUUCCGCGCACUGCUCUUCCGAGCAGUCUUAGCCUCCCUCUCAGUCCUGCUGCUUCUCUCUGCGUUUGGAGCACCAGCUUGCGCAGAGAAACCUAAGCGCGGAUUGGUGGACCUCAACACAAUUCCAGACAACUCCGUGUCGUCGUGGUCGCUGGAGGGACCGCCUGGGCUCCGCAAGGAGAGCACUCCGGGGCAGUUUAAGCUGGUGGGACCUGUUGUUAUCAACGUGCUGAGGGUCAUCCGGCCACAGUUCACGCCGAUCUUUGCUGAAUGGCUCUCCUCCAACUUCUCUUCAGACCCUGCCACGUGGACGGCUUUCGUCGCACCACCCGCAGGCCCGAACGAGUUCGCAAACCUGACCUUCGAGAACCCCAAAGUGCAGAUCUGGGGCGGGCGCUUCCCCAUUGACAACACCACCAGUGACUACGCGUUCCAGCCUAACAACACCAAGCUGCUCUUCUCCCGCGUCUCCGGCUCUCUCAUGCGUAACAACGUGGACAAGCAGAACGUAGUCAUCGACGUCCCUGAGACCGAUGCGCCCACUCUCAACGGCAAAUUCAUCCGCCGCGGAAAGAUAUUCGAGCUGCUGUCAGGCGGAUCCUUCGACGUGCCGCUGCGUUCAGUGGUUGAAGCUCUUGGGAGUACUGGUCCCACCCCACCUGGAGCAGCAGCAGUAAUGCGGGUUAACCUCAACCUGCAGGGGAUUGGUCAGCAGCCUCCGAGUGCGCUGCGCCCUUAUCCUGCCCCGUCUGCUCCUGGCAGGGAACCCCCUCCUUUGGCUGGUGUCCCCUCUGCUGCUCCCGCUCCCUCAGGCUGUGCUCCUGUGCCUGCUCCUGCCCCUACCCCUUCACCUGCUCCCACCCCUGCUCCCACUCCUGCCCCUGCGCCUACACCUGCUGCUGGGGGUAAGAACCCUCCCCCUUCUCCUGGGGCUGCUCCUGGCCGUGCUCCUGGGGCUGCUCCAGGUGCUGCACCUGGCAGGGCUCCCGGAGCUGCUCCCAGGGCUGCACCUGGGGCUGCACCUGGCCGUGCCCCUGGAGCUGCUCCAGGAGCUGCCCCCACAGGUUGA